AUGUGUGAGAAGUAUGGAUGUCGGAUCUUCGGAUGUUCAGAAAGUGACGUCACCCGAAAUUUUUUUUCUCCUGACGUCAUCAAUCUAUACAGACGAAAAUCAGCUGGCCGAAUUUCUCAGUCUGGAAACAACCGCGCAGUAGAGUGGACGUAUGAGAAUCGCGCUCCGCAGAUUUCGAGUACCGGAUUCUCUACCUCUGUGGUUCCUGCACUCCGGGUCCGCUACCUGGUGCAACUCGAGUUUCAGGACAAGCGCUCCGUAGUUUCUGCGCUCCAGGUCCGCUACCUGGUGGAACUCGUCUUCCGGGAUAAGCGUUCCGUAGUUUCUGCGCUCAAGGUCCACUACCUGGUGAAGCUUGACAUUCAGGACAAGCGCUCCGUAGUUCCGGCGAUCCAGGUCCGCUACCUGAUAAAACUCGACUUGAGGUUACAAGCGCUCCGUGGUUCCUGCGCUCCAGGUCCGCUACCCGGGGAAACUCGACUUCUAAGAGAGGACGAGGAGGACGAGGCGAUGGAGGAAGACAUGAGGAACAAGGAGGACGAGGUGGACGAGGAGGAUUUUUCGCGCGAGCCCAAAUUCAGUAGCUGUCAAUGUGCUAAUACGAUUUCUAUAAUUUUUAAAAAUUUUCUCAUAAUCAUCUUAGUUAAAUCUGUCAAUAAAAAAAUUAUAUUAAUACUUACAUAA